AUGAAGUCGAAACAACAACAGCAGCCGGUCUCUGCUUCUCACGACGAGAACAUUCCUUCACCGGAAAUGACUGCCACACAUGAUGAGACCCCUAGUGAAAAUCAAAAAGGAUGGAUUAUUGGAGGAACAUACCGCGAAAAACUUUACGAUGAACAAUCACCAGAUUUCGACAAUCAACUCUUGCAAGAGGUUGACUUCGACAUGCCUCUCACAGUGACAAGGAAGAUGGAACACAACGGAGGAAAUUUUCUUGUGCUUGAAUUUGUUGAAGGUGACAAGGAAAACCCUUUCAACUGGAGUGGAAAGAGGAAGGCUUUCAUUAGUUGUCUUCUUUGCCUGAUGACCCUUUUCAUUGGUCUUGCCACAACUGCCUACAGUUCAGGUGUCUCAGACAUGGUUGAAGAUCUUGGAGUUUCCACCGAGCUCGCUCCUUUCUGUGAGCUGGCUGGACGACGAGUUAUCUACGUCGGCAGCUACGUUUGUUUCGCCCUCAUGUUCAUCGGUCUGUCUCUUGCAAAGAACAUCGCCACUAUCCUUGUCUGCCGUGCCCUUCUGGGUCUGUUUGGAUGUGUUGGAACCAUCCUUGUCGGUGGUACCUUCGGCGACAUGUACACCCCGGCUCACCGUGCCAUCCCGAUGGCCUCGUUCUCUUUCAUCGCCAUUUUCGGUACCGUCGCCGCCCCGAUCUACGCCGGUUUCAUCGACCAAGCUUUAGGAUGGAGGUGGGUGGAGGGCAUCCAGGGUCUGGCAAAUAUUCCUCUUGUCAUUGUCAUUGCCAUCUUCCUGUGCGAAACCCGUGGUGGUGUCACUCUGUCCAAGCGAGCCAAGAUGCUCCGCAAAAACACUGGAGACGAGCGCUUCGUCACCCACAACGACCUCGAAGCUCCUGGCAUUAAGCAGAUGCUGCACAAUUCGUCCGUCAAAGCUAUCCGCAUGCUGUUUAGUGAGCCUGUUGUAUUUGCCUUCGGCCUCUGGAUCAGUUUCGCCUGGUUCCUGACUUUCCUCUUCUUGUCUGUCAUCCCGAUCACAUUCGCCGACAAGCGUGGCUGGGGUGAAGGUGUAGCCGGCCUCCCCUACAUUGCUCUCUGUGUCGGCACCACUAUUGGUUUUGGCAUGAACUUCUUCCAGAUCAAAAAGUACAAGUCUCUCGUUGCCGAUCCCUCUCGCAAGGUCGAUCCCGAAGCCCGUCUAUACGGUGCCAUGUGCGGUGCCGUCUGGUUGCCAAUCGGCCUUUUCAUUUAUAGCUUUACUCAAUAUGCCCAGCUCAGCUGGGUCGGUCCUGUCAUUGGUCUGGCUCUCAUUGGUAUCGGAAUCUUCUUCAUCUUCGAGUCAUGUUACAGCUACACCUCUGACUGCUACGGCGAGAACUCUUCGUCCGCCAUUGCCGGUCAGGGCUUUAUGCGUAACACUCUUGGCGCUGUCUCGCCACUGUUUGCUACUCAAUUCUUUGAAAAUCUGGGUAGCCAGUAUGCUGGCCUGUUGCUGGCUCUCAUUGCCACCCUUUUGACAUUUAUUCCAUUCGUGCUGUUCAAGUUCGGACCAGCCCUUCGCGCUCGGUCGAAGUUGGCUAGCACCACCGUGGCCGCUAGUGCCCUUUAA